AUGGAGGAGACUCGCUCGGACAGCAGCAGCAGCAGCGAGGCUGAACUGAGCAUACUGAAGCGACAACUGAAGCAGUGGGAGCACGACUUUCGCCAGAGCCACGGCGGGCAAAGCGCGACUCGACAGGACGCAGAUGCCAAUCCAGUGAUCAAGGAAGCUUAUGCUCGGUACGCGCAGCUGAAGCAGGCCGCAUCGUCCUCCUCCACAUCGAGCCAGCAUGCACAACGCGCGUCGAGCAAGCGUCCGCGGGAAGACGAGGCCAAGGUGACAGAGUCGUCCCUGCCAGCAAUGUACAAUGUGUGGCUGAAGCCUGGUAACAGCAGCCAGCCCAGCACCACUGCGGCCAAUGAUCCUGCUGCGAAUCCGACCGACGAGACCGAUCGCAUCAAUGACGACGCAUUCAUCCGCCGAAGCGACUUUGCCAUGAUGUCAAAACGAUCACGUAUGUCUGGCGAUUCGACCAAGCAAGCGACCGCCGUGUCAUCCGAGGAGUAUUUGCAUCCUGCAGUGAUUUUGCGACGCGCCAAAUCUGCGACACAACGCGAUCGUCCCGAAUUGCCGAUGCCAGCUGCACCUUCCAUACCACUCAAUCGCGCAUUGCAGUGGCCAAAGUCAGCUACAGCAUCCAGAGUUGCGGGAGGCGUUGCGCCAAGCACGCCACCACGACCAGCUUGCCCCGAGCCCAAAGAAUCUCUCACCAACGAUCUGCCAGCGCGACCUGAAGGCCACGAUCUCCAAGAACAAGCACUGGAUGAUACGUCCGUUAGCGAGCUCGAGCGCAGGGUGGAUGACAAUCUGAUGGACGAGGACAACGAGUACGCGAACCAACUUGACGACGACGACCAAAGUGACGACGACGAUGAUGACGACAGUGACCAGUUUGACGACGAGGUCGGCACCGAAGAUGAUGACCGAUACUAUGACAGCGAAGAUUACUACGACUAUGACGACGACACUGUGGCCUGCGAUGAUCAGCUGGAAGACGAGACCGACUCGGCCGAGCCGCUUGCCAUCCGACCAGGGUUUGGCUUCAUUCGAUCAGUACAGCGACGACAUGGCGCGAUGAGUGGCUUUUCGUUGACUUUGGCGGCAGCCAUGGACGUGGCAGAGUACGACGUCGGAGUUGAUGGUGCUCGCGACGCUGCGUUGGAGCAAGCCUCGCGCGAGAAGCGCAAAGCCGAAUUAGCCGCAGUUGUGCAGGCGAUGGAGGACCAGCGUCGUCGCGCCGAAGCAGCCGAGCAGUCCAUGGCUCCGAGGCAAGGUUUUGGCGGAAACGACAACGGCAACUAUGUUCGGCUCAACCUCCGGAAUCGCCACUUUCGCCGCGGCGCGCUCAACAAACCACGCAAGGGCGGAAAGUUUGGGCGAUCGUCCGGGCGAUACAAUGCGCGAAUGGCGAAAGGCGACGGCACGACGACCGUCCGUGCGCAAACUACUCUGGGCGAUGGCAAGGACCGCGCGCCGUUUCACGAGCUCGACGUGGAUGCCUUUGCUGUUUCUGCGUCAUCUCGCAUACCAGAAAGCAACAGUGAAGAGCGUUCCGACGCCGUCAAUCCUGCAGGUGCAGACGAGGAGGCUCAGGUUCAGCUCGCAGGACUAACAGCGAAAGAUUUCCUUUCCGACGAUGAAAUGCAGCUCGACAAUGAUGACGACACAAGUGCUGCUCAAUCUACGAGUCACUCAUCUGCUGUUCGUGCGAGCCACAACCACGAAAAACUCCCUCCAUUCAUGCACCAGCUGGAGCAACUCGCCCGCAAUCCCGCCUUUGAGCCAGAACUCUAUUUACGAGACCUGUUUGGAUUUGACUCGUUUCGGCCUGGCCAGCGCGAUACUGUUCUCCGUUUGCUGCAGCGGCAAUCCACUCUGGUUGUGCUUUCGACUGGCGCCGGCAAGUCGCUUUGUUAUCAGCUGCCAGCCUAUCUGUUUGCCUACCCUCAGCGCACGGAUCAGGCCUCUGCGAUCUCCGAAAGGCGUCCGCUACCUGCACGGCGCCAGCGCGCCAGCCUCCUUCGCUUGCCAUCCAAGCUCGCUGGAGCCUGCUUCCACUCGGGCUUGAGUGGCCCUCAGAAGCAGCGUGUUAUGCACGAGGUUCUCGCUGGCGAGGUUGCGGUGCUUUUUGUUGCGCCGGAAACGCUCGUCUCCGAGUCAUUCUUGCGCCUGGCAUUGUCGGCCUCCUUCCCACCGAUUGCGUUUGCCUGUGUUGACGAAGCCCACUGUGUCUCGCAGUGGUCGCACAACUUUCGACCAGCCUACCUUCGGCUCAGCAGCGUCCUGCGGAAUCGUCUUGGCGUUCCUGCCAUUCUCGCCCUCACCGCCACUGCGACCACAAAGUGUAUCCAAUCGAUACGCGAGCACUUGGGCAUAUCCCCAGAGGGCUUGGUUCAUGGCUCGCCUGUGCCGCGCAAUCUCGCGUUGGGUGUGACUCAGGAGCGCGAUCGCGACCGCGCGCUCGUCCUCCUCCUGAAAGAGCGCGAGCCGUUUUGCCAUUAUGACUCGGUCAUUGUCUAUUGCACGCGCCAGGUCGACACUGAUCGUGUGGCCUUGUCACUGCGCGUCCAAGGGGUGGAUGCUGCGAGUUAUCACGCUGGCAUGCCUCCCCGGUCGCGCGCAGCCGUUCAGCGCAAGUUUAUGAGCGGGCAGCUGCGAGUCAUCGUUGCGACGAUUGCCUUUGGCAUGGGACUCGACAAGUCGGAUGUACGCGGCGUCGUCCAUUACAACAUGCCCGGGUCGUUUGAGAAUUACGUCCAGGAGAUUGGUCGUGCGGGGCGGGAUGGCCUGCCCGCAUCCUGCCAUGCGUUUGUCACUCGCGACGACUACCUCCAUUUACGCCGCCAUGCAUAUGCUGAUACCUCCGAGUUUAUCACGAUCAAAAAGCUGCUGGCGAUGGUUUUUGGAACGUUGGGCGCCGCCACUACCGCGUCUCAGGACAACGCUGAGAGCGAGGGGCAACCCAAACAUCCACGCAUCCGUGCCGUUUGUACCGAAAAGGUCGAGCAAGAACUGGAUAUUCGGGCCGAAGUGGUGGAAACCAUUUUAUUGCAAAUUGCGGGCAAAGGACUGAUUGAGCUCCUGCCCCAGUUCCAAGCCACCGCCGUGCUGCAUCUGCAGCGAGCGCCUGCGACGUACUGUGGUCCAUCCGCGUCGCUGCUUCGACGCGCGAUCCUUGAUGCAGCGGCAGCCUCGGCCAAGCAAACCUCGGACGUGGCCACUGGCGGGCGUUUCACCGUCGACCUACCCGCCAUUGCAACCACCACCGGGUUGAGCGUGGGAGUGGUGCGCCGCGAGCUCUCGGACUUGCCUCAAACUCGCGGCGACCGAGUUGAUUUCACCGACUGGUCAUUCCUGAUUGUCGUGCGCUCGUUGCCGUCACGGCUCGAGUUUGAUGGCUUGAUUGAUGCCAUCAUGGCCCACAUGACUGCCAUGGAGACGCUGCAGCUCCGCAAGGUGCAGUCCAUCUUUCGAAUGCUCACAGACCUGACCAACACGACUGCUGGAACGGUGCGCGAUCUUUACCCGGUCGCAGCUCGACUGUUGCAGUCGCACACCCAGAACGAGCAAGCGUACCGGGAUUUUCUGCAAACGCAACAGAGCUUGUUGCAUUCCCACGCGCCAUCAGCCGUUCUUGAGGUGGAUCAAGUCGAAGCGGAGCUGCCAGCGGCACCCUCCAUUCCAAAUCUAAGCGCGCGGAUUCGGGAGCAGAUUGACCAGUAUUUUGCCGCCGACGCCGACGAGAACCAGGCUCAAAGCUCCAAAGCUGGUCAAGGAGACGACACCAGCGAAAUUCCGUCUGAAGACGAUGUGGAAACGCGUGCGUCGUCUGACGAUUUGGAGCCCCCACUUGGUGGGGACGCCAUCCAGGAUGCGCGACACAACAUUCGUUUGCUCAUCUCCAACCAUUCCCUGCGAAGCGCCCGUCUCAUUGCCAAGGUGUUACAGGGCAUUCAAACACCCUGUCUGCCCGCCAAAGACUGGUACGCUCAUCCACUGUGGGCAAAGCACCUGGCCGCGCCGUUCUGGCAGCUGCGGCAACUGGCUCUCGAAGAGCUCAUUUCGGCUGCUCGACAUUGA